AACCCUGACAUCGUGCUCGUCCACUACUUGAAUGUGCCGGCCAUAGAGGAUUGCGGGAAGCCAUGCGGGCCAAUCCUGUGCUCCAUCAACACGGACAAGAAGGAGUGGGCCAAGUGGACCAAGGAGGAGCUGAUUGGCCAACUCAAGCCCAUGUGUGAGUAUCUGACCUAUCCCUGGGUGUUUAAUGCGCAGACCUCUCCUAGCCUUAUUAUUGGAGUACCCUAAGUGGCUCUCUCAGAGGCCUGGCCUGGUUGCUGACUGUUACUAUCUUGUUAUUGUUUUUAUUGUUGUUUUGUUCCUACCUGGAGCCAUCUGGUAGGCAGGGGUCAGGGGUUAUCUUUCCCCCAGCCCUCCGGCACCACAGUGGUCAGCCUGAGAGCACACAGCCCAGCAUAGGCCCUGGCCUCACAUCCUCCCAGUCAGGCAGCACAGAGCAGAGCAGGCCCAGCGUAGCGCAGGGGAGAGCCCUGUUGAUUGAUGCCAUUGUGUGGGAGAAAGAGUGUCUGACUCACCAGAAAUCCUCCUUACCUCCCCCCUCUCUCUCUCUCUCUCUCUGAUAUAACCUGGUUUACUAAUUGCUUAGAGACACGUAGUAGACAUGUGGUGUUAUGGACUGCGUGGGCCAUUCUCCUAUCCAGCUCCAUGUUUGAGACAGUGUUUGAGAAUGUGUUUGGUAAAAUGUCAGGGUUUGUCUGAUGAUAAUAGUAAAUCAGGGGCUUCUGAAAAUCAGUGGGAGAGUUGUUAAUGGCAAGACUCCAAGAUUGUGUGCAUGUGUGCGUGUGUGUGUGUGUGUGUUGGCAGGGGCAGGGCGGUGACGGUGAGUGAUGUUCACAGGGCUGAUUAUUGAUGACCAGGUAGAGAGUCGUGUGUCAGCAGCUUUAAGAUGCACAGAGAGAGACAGAUGCUCCGUGAAUACAGACCAGCCAGCCAGCCAGGGCCCUAACACACACACACACACACACACACACACACACACACACACACACACACAUACAUAUGCUGGCCAUGAUUACCAGAGCUUAUCCUCCCCUAUUGUUAUCCCCUUCACUGCUCCUCUGGCAAUCAUUUUAGGAGUCGCUUGAGCAUCCCAUCCACCCCAGGGCAGGACAGGACAGAUCAGGACAGGUAACAGCGCUGCUGUGAACUACAGUGUUCAUUAGGUCUGGGGCUUCACUUCAAUCCCAGUCAUUUACAGUAAUGCGUGAAGUCAUUAACUUUGGGGAGUUAGGACAAUGAGGGCCGAGGAGGGUGAGAUGCCUUCUAGCUGACAGGCUACAUGAGAAGGCUACAUACAGUCUGUGUCCCAAAUGGCACCCUAUACACCCUGGUCAAAAGCAGUGCACUAUGUAGGGAAUAGGAUUGCAAUUUGGGACACAGCCACAUGGCAACAAAGCAGCCGGCCCCCUCUCUCUCUCUCCCUCACUCCCUCUAUCCUCUUAUUUAAAAUAUCCUUAAGAGUCUAUUGACGCACUCGUGGUUCAAUCUAAGUAACAUAAUAACAAAAAUUCCAAUCUAAAUCCACCAGUUUAAGCUAGAGAUAUCAUGGGCUGCAUCUCAAUCCACCGCAUCCGCCUAUGGCGACCUUCUGCGGUGGAAGGUGGCCGAGCUACAGCUGUGUUUGUUCGGAUGCUACAGACGUUUUCGUGAGAUUUUUGAGAUGUCUCAUGGUCUGACAGUUUGGCCUACAAACUAUUAUGGAAAGGGGAGACUCUCACAAACGCGAUGGUGUUCUCCGUUUUGCUCUACGGAACCCACAAGUGUCACGGGACUCGUCUGAAGUAUUUGAUACACUGCCGAUUUUGCAGGUUUUCCUACUUACAAAGCAUGUAGAGGUCUGUCAUUUUUAUCAUAGGUACACUUCAACUGUGAGAGACGGAAUCUAAAACAAAAAUCCAGAAAAUCACAUUGUUUGAUUUUUAAGUAAUUAAUUUGCAUUUUAUUGCAUGACAUAAGUAUUUGAUCACCUACCAACCAGUAAGAAUUCCGGCUCUCACAGACCUGUUAGUUUUUCUUUAAGAAGCCCUCCUGUUCUCCACUCAUUACCUGCAUUAACUGCACCUGUUUGAACUCGUUACCUGUAUAAAAGACACCUGUCCACACACUCAAUCAAACAGACUCCAACCUCUCCACAAUGGCCAAGACCAGAGAGCUGUGUAAGGACAUCAGGGAUAAAAUUGUAGACCUGCACAAGGCUGGGAUGGGCUACAGGACAAUAGGCAAGCAGCUUGGUGAGAAGGCAACAACUGUUGGCGCAAUUAUUAGAAAAUGGAAGAAGUUCAACAUUUACAUUUUACAUUUUAGUCAUUUAGCAGACGCUCUUAUCCAGAGCGACUUACAGGAGCAAUUAGGGUUAAGUGCCUUGCUCAAGGGCACAUUAACGUCAUUAGCAGACGCUCUUAGCCAGAGCGACUCACAAAUUGGUGCGUUCACCCUAUAGCCAGUGGGAUAACCACUUUACAAUUUGGGGGGGGGGGGGGGGGGGGGGGGGGGGGUUAGAAGGAAUACUUUAUCCUAUCCCAGGUAUUCCUUAAAGAGGUGGGGUUUCAAAUGUCUCCGGAAGGUGGUGAGUGACUCCGCUGUCCUGGCGUCGUGAGGGAGCUUGUUCCACCAUUGGGGUGCCAGAGCAGCGAACAGUUUUGACUGGGCUGAGCGGGAGCUAUGCUUCUGCAGAGGAAGGGGAGCCAGCAGGCCAGAGGUGGAUGAACGCAAUGCCCUCGUUUGGGUGUAGGGACUGAUCAGAGCCUGAAGGUACAGAGGUGCCGUUCCCCUCACUGCUCCAUAGGCAAGCACCAUGGUCUUGUAGCGGAUGCGAGCUUCAACUGGAAGCCAGUGGAGUGUGCGGAGGAGGGGGGUGACGUGAGAGAACUUGGGAAGGUUGAACACCAGACGGGCUGCGGCAUUCUGGAUGAGUUGUAGGGGUUUAAUGGCACAGGCAGGGAGGCCAGCCAACAGCGAGUUGCAGUAGUCCAGACGGGAGAUGACAAGUGCCUGGACCAGGACCUGCGCCGCUUCCUGUGUAAGGCAGGGUCGCACUCUCCGAAUGUUUGUAGAGCAUGAACCUGCAGGAGCGGGUCACCGCCUUGAUGUUGGCGGAGAACGACAGGGUGUUGUCCAGGGUCACGCCUAGGCUCUUCGCACUCUGGGAGGAGGACACAGCGGAGUUGUCAACCGUGAUGGCGAGAUCAUGGAACGGGCAGUCCUUCCCCGGGAGGAAGAGCAGCUCCGUCUUGCCAGGGUUCAGCUUGAGGUGGUGAUCCGUCAUCCAUACUGAUAUGUCUGCCAGACAUGCAGAGAUGCGAUUCGCCACCUGGUUAUCAGAAGGGGGAAAGGAGAAGAUUAGUUGUGUAUCGUCAGCGUAGCAAUGAUAGGAAAGGCCAUGUGAGGAUAUGACAGAGCCAAGUGACUUGGUGUAUAGGGAGAAAAGGAGAGGGCCUAGAACCGAGCCCUGGGGGACACCAGUGGUGAGAGCACGUGGUGCGGAGACAGCUUCCCGCCACGCCACUUGGUAGGAGCGACCGGUCAGGUAGGACGCAAUCCAGGAGUGAGCCGCGCCGGAGAUGCCCAGCUCGGAGAGGGUGGAGAGGAGGAUCUGAUGGUUCACAGUAUCAAAGGCAGCAGACAGGUCUAGAAGGACAAGAGCAGAGGAGAGAGAGUUAGCUUUAGCAGUGCGGAGAGUCUCCGUGACACAGAGAAGAGCAGUCUCAGUUGAAUGACCAGUCCUGAAACCUGAUUGGUUUGGAUCAAGAAGGUCAUUCUGAGAGAGAUAGCAAGAGAGGAGGAUUCAGGAGGGAGGAAAAUGUGGCAAAGAGCUUCCUAGGGUUAGAGGCAGAUGCUUGGAAUUUAGAGUGGUAGAAGGUGGCCUUAGCAGCAGAAACAGAUGAAGAAAAUGUAGAGAGGAGGGAGUGAAAAGAUGCCAGGUCGGCAGGGAGUUUAGUUUUCUUCCAUUUCCGCUCCGCUGCCCGGAGCUCUGUUCUGUGAGCUCGCAAUGAGUCAUCAAGCCACGGAGCUGGAGGGGAGGACCGAGCCGGCCGGGAGGAUAGGGGACACAGAGAGUCAAAGGAUGCAGAAAGGGAGGAGAGGAGGGUUGAGGAGGCAGAAUCAGGAGAUUGGAGGGAGAAGGAUUGAGCAGAGGGAAGAGAUGAUAGGAUGGAAGAGGAGAGAGUAGUGGGAGAGAGAGAGCGAAGGUUGCGGCGGCGCAUUACCAUCUGUGUAGGGGCAGAGUGAGUAGUGUGGGAGGAGAGUGAGAGAGAAAAGGAAACAAAGUAGUGGUCGGAGACAUGGAGGGGAGUUGCAGUGAGAUUAGUAGAGGAGCAGCAUCUAGUGAAGAUGAGGUCAAGCGUAUUGCCUGCCUUGUGAGUAGGGGGGGACGGUGAGAGGGUGAGGUCAAAAGAGGAGAGGAGUGGAAAGAAGGAGGCAGAGAGAAAUGAGUCAAAUGUGGACAUAGGGAGGUUGAAAUCCCCCAAAACUGUGAGGGGUGAGCCAUCCUCAGGGAAGGAACUUAUCAAGGCGUCAAGCUCAUUGAUGAACUCUCCAAGGGAACCUGGAGGGCGAUAGAUGACAAGGAUAUUAAGCUUAAAUGGGCUAGUGACUGUGACAGCAUGGAAUUCAAAUGAGGAGAUAGACAGAUGGGUUAGGGGAAAAAUGACGGUCAAUCACCCUCGGUCUGGGGCUCCAUGCAAGAUCUCACCUCGUGGGGCAUCAAUGAUCAUGAGGAAGGUGAGGGAUCAGCCCAGAACUACACGGCAGGACCUGGUCAAUGACCUGAAGAGAGCUGGGACCACAGUCUCAAAGAAAACCAUUAGUAACACACUACGCCGUCAUGGAUUAAAAUCCUGCAGCGCACGCAAGGUCCCCCUGCUCAAGCCAGCGCAUGUCCAGGCCCGUCUGAAGUUUGCCAAUGACCAUCUGGAUGAUCCAGAGGAGGAAUGGGAGAAGGUCAUGUGGUCUAAUGAGACAAAAAUAGAGCUUUUUGGUCUAAACUCCACUCGCUGUGUUUGGAGGAAGAAGUAGGAUGAGUACAACCCCAAGAACACCAUCCCAACCGUGAAGCAUGGAGGUGGAAACAUCAUUCUUUGGGGAUGCUUUUCUGCAAAGGGGACAGGACGACUGCACCAUAUUGAGGGGAGGAUGGAUGGGGCCAUGUAUCGCGAGAUCUUGGCCAACAACCUCCUUCCCUCAGUAAGAGCAUUGAAGAUGGGUCGUGGCUGGGUCUUCCAGCAUGACAACGACCCGAAACACACAGCCAGGGCAACUAAGGAGUGGCUCCGUAAGAAGCAUCUCAAGGUCCUGGAGUGGCCUAGCCAGUCUCCAGACCUGAACCCAAUAGAAAAUCUUUGGAGGGAGCUGAAAGUCUGUAUUGCCCAGCGACAGCCCCGAAACCUGAAGGAUCUGGAGAAGGUCUGUAUGGAGGAGUGGGCCAAAAUCCCUGCUGCAGUGUGUGCAAACCUGGUCAAGACCUACAGGAAACGUAUGAUCUCUGUAAUUGCAAACAAAGGUUUCUGUACCAAAUAUUAAGAUCUGCUUUUCUGAUGUAUCAAAUACUUAUGUCAUGCAAUAAAAUGCUAAUUAAUAACUUAAAAAUCAUACAAUGUGAUUUUCUGGAUUUUAGAUUCCGUCUCUCACAGUUGAAGUGUACCUAUGAUAAAAAUUACAGACCUCUACAUGCUUUGUAAGUAGGAAAACCUGCAAAAUCGGCAGUGAAUCAAAUACUUGUUCUCCCCACUGUAUAUACUGUAUAUAUUUCCUGAGCUUUCUUAUAUCUCCUAGAUAAAGGACAAACACUUCAAAACAUUAUGAUGAAUUUUCUGACUGACUUUUUUGCCAUUUGUGAAUGUGUUAUUCAAUCCGUUUCUGUGGGCUAUAGUAGUAAAGCCCAAAUUCCAUAUUUUGUCUAAUAAUUUUUAAAUACAGUAUAUUUUUUUGAUACCUAAAGGGGUCGUAAAAUUCAUUAUCAAAUAGCUAAAUCAUUCAUGGUAUGACCAUCUUAAAACAAUUUAAUAUGUUAGCUUAGUACCCCCCCACCCAACAGCUUAGACUUUUCUAGGUUUUCAACAACCAGGAUAUUAACAUUCCGUUUAUGGUAGAGCAACACUGCCACCUAGUGGUUUGUUGACAGAAUAGCCUCGCUCCUUGAUCAUAGGGUCAUGGAGGGGUGCAGGUGAAGUGCACAGCAGCCUUAUAUUAUAUAGAUGCAUUAUUCAGCUGUGGAUAAUACAGUAGGCCUUUACAAACUGUACAUGCUGCCCAGAGUGACCCAUAUCUUACACAAGCAGCUAUGCUUCAUCAGCAGAUGUACGUGGGCUUUCGUUACUGUACACUUGAGAGAGGGAGUUAUGUGUGUAGUGUAACACUAUGGAUCUCUCAUGGGUAUAAAGGAGACUUCUAAUGCCACUCCCCAGAGGUGUAUAGUAGACCUAUAGAGAGGAAGAGGCUGGAUGCAUUUCCCAGGUCCCCUAUCUUAGUCACAAACCUUCAGUUUAACCACCAUGUACUGUGGGAGUGAGUUCACUGUGGGAAACUUUAAUGUACGUUUGAUAUUAAGCCAUGUAUCAUGGUACCAUGUGAUAUGCAUGUUGGCUUUAGGCUCUGUAGUGCAUGAAACGUUCAUACAUAUAGACUGUGUCUGGGAGAGUUCAACUAUUCAUUUGAUCUUAGUGCACAGACUCAACAUAAAUAGUGCAUUCAGAAAGUACUCAAACUCCUUGACUUUUUCCACAUUUUGUUACGUUACAGCCUUAUUCUAACUUGGAUUAAAUACAAAAAAUCCUCAUCAAUGACAAAGUGAAAACAGGUUAUUAGACAUUUUGGCAAAUUUAUACACUACCGGUCAAAACUUUUAGAACACCUGCUCAUUCAAGGGUUUUUCUUUAUUUUUACUAUUUUCUACAUUGUAGAAUAAUAGUGAAGACAUCAAAACUAUGAAAUAACACAUAUGGAAUCAUGUAGUAACCAAAAAAGUGUUCAACAAAUUCUUCAAAUAGCCACCCUUUCUUUGAUGACAGCUUUGCACACUCUUGGCAAAUUCAAUUGAUUGGACAUGAUUUGGAAAGGCACACACCUGUCUAUAUAAGGUCCCACAGUUGACAGUGCAUGUCAGAGAAAAAAACAAGCCAUGAGGUCGAAGGAAUUGUCUGUAGACCUCCGAGACAGGAUUGUGUCAAGGCACAGAUCUGGGGAAGGGUACCAAAACAUUUCUGCAGCAUUGAAGGUCCCCAAGAACACAGUCGCCUCCAUCAUUCUUAAAUGGAAGAAGUUUGGAACCACCAAGACUCUGCCUAGAGCUGGCUGCCCGGCCAAACUGAGCAAUCGGGGGAGAAGGGCCUUGGUCAGGGAGGUGACCAAGAACCCGAUGGUCACUCUAACAGAGCUCCAGAGUUCCUCUGUGGAGAUAGGAGAACCUUCCAGAAGGACAACCAUCUCUGCAGCACUCCACCAAUCAGGCCUUUAUGGUAGAGUGGCCAGACGGAAGCCCCUCCUCAGUAAAAAGCACAUGACAGCCCGCUUGGAGUUUGCCAAAAGGCACCUAAAGGUCUGAUGGAACCAAGAUUGAACUCUUUGGCCUGAAUGCUAAGCGUCACGUCUGGAGGAAACCUGGCACCAUCCCUACGGUGAAGCAUGGUGGUGGCAGCAUCAUGCUGUGGGGAUGUUUUUCAGCGGCAGGGACUGGGAGACUAGUCAGGAUCGAGGGAAAGAUGAACGGAGGAAAGGACAGAGAAAUCCUUGAUGAAAACCUGCUCCAGAGCACUCAGGACCUCAGACUGGAAGGUUCACCUUCCAACAGGACAACAACCCUAAGCACACAGCCAAGGCAACGCAGGAGUGGCCACGGGACAAGUCUAAGAAUGUCCUUGAGUGGCCCAGCCAGAGCCCGGACUUGAACCCGAUCAAACAUCUCUAGAGAGAGCUGAAAAUAGCUGUGCAGCGACGCUCCCCAUCCAACCUGACAGAGCUUGAGAGGAUCUGCAGAGAAGAAUGGGAGAAACUCCCCAAAUACUGGUAUGCCAAGCUUCUAGCUUCAUACCCAAGAAGAAUCGAGUCUGUAAUCGCUGCCAAAGGGGCUUCAACAAAUUACUGAGUAAAGGGUCUGAAUACUUAUGUAAAUGUCAUAUUUACGUUUUUUUAAUUUUUCAUAACAUUUUCUUAUGUCAUUAUGGGGUAUUGUGUGUAGAUUGAUGAGGGGAAAAAACCAAUUUAAUCCAUUUUAGAAUAAGGCUGUAACGUAACAAAAUGUGAAAAAAGUCAAGGGGGUCUGAGUGCUUUCCGAAGGCACAGUAAAUAUAAAAUAGUUAUUUUCUUGGGAGAAUAGAAUUUGAUAGAGAACUUGCUGUUACAGAGAUGCAUAUUAUAUCCAUACUUUUCAAACAGAGAGCCCUAAAGGGCCUUAAUUAAGAAGUCCUCUUAGGUUGAUUCCUGUGGGCAACAGGUGCGCUUUUCUUUGUUUAUUAUUAUUUUAUUUUGAUGUUCUUGUGGAAAACCGUAGAAAAGAUAUGUAGCGGCAGGUAGCUUAGUGGUUAAGAGCGUUGUGCCAGUAACCGAAAGGUCGCUGGUUCUAAUCCCCGAGCCGACUAGGUGAAAAAUCUGUCGAUGUGCCCUUGAGCAAGGCACUUAACUUGAAUUGCUCCUGUAAGUCGCUCUGGAUAAGAGCGUCUGCUAAAUGACUGUAAUGUAUGAAUGAGGACUGCAGAUGUGGCUAGGGCAAGAAAUUGCAAUGUCCGUACUGUGACACCUAAGACAGCGCUACAGGGAGACAGGACGGACAGCUGAUCGUCCUCGAAGUGGCAGACCACGUGUAACAACACCUGCACAGGAUCGGUACAUCCAAACAUCACACCUGCGGGACAGGUACAGGAUGGCAACAACAACUGCCGAGUUACGCUCAGACUGUCCGCAAUAGGCUGAGAGAGGCUGGACUGAGGGCUUGUAGGCCUGUUGUAAGGCAGGUCCUCAACAGACAUCACCGGCAACAACGUCGCCUAUGGGCACAAACCCACUGUCGCAGGACCAGACAGGACUGGCAAAAAGUGCUCUUCACUGACGAGUCGCGGUUUUGUCUCACCAGGGGUGUAUGGUCGGAUUCGCGUUUAUCGUCGAAGAAAUGAGCGUUACACCGAGGUCUGUACUCUGGAGCGGGAUCGAUUUGGAGGUGGAGGGUCCGUCAUGGUCUGGGGCGUUGUGUCACAGCAUCAUCGGACUGAGCUUGUUGUCAUUGCAGGCAAUCUCAAUGCUGUGCAUUACAGGGAAGAUAUCCUCCUCCCUCAUGUGGUACCCUUCCUGCAGGCUCAUCCUGACAUGACCCUCCAGCAUGACAAUUCCACCAGCCAUACUGCUCGUUCUGUGCAUGAACAAGACAGGAAUGUCAGUGUUCUGCCAUGGCUAGCGAAGAGCCCGGAUCUCAAUCCCAUUGAGCACAUCUGGGACCUGUUGGAUCUGAGGGUGAGGGCUAGGGCCAUUCCCCCCAGAAAUAUCCGGGAACUUGCAGGUGCCUUGGUGGAAGAGUGGGGUAACAUCUCACAGCAAGAACUGGCAAAUCUGGUGCAGUCCAUGAGGAGGAUGCACUGCAGUACUUAAUGCAGCUGGUGGCCACACCAGAUACUGAAUGUUACUUUAGAUUUUGACCCCCCCUUUGUUCAGGGACACAUUAUUCAAUUUCUGUUAGUCACAUGUCUGUGGAACUUGUUCAGUUUAUGUCUCAGUUGUUGAAUCUUGUUAUGUUCAUACAAAUAUUUACACAUGUUAAGUUUGCUGAAAAUAAACGCAGUUGACAGUGAGAGGACGUUUCUUUUUUUGCUGAGUUUAUAAAUAUGGGUGGAUGUCUGUUGUUCUGGCUGACGAAGGUUCUGGCUGCCGAAGGUUCUGGAUGACGAAGGCUUCUGCCGAAAUGCGUCCAUUUGUUUUGACCUCUGCUGCUAAAAAAUAAGACAUUAAAACGCAAAGAAUAUUUCAGUUAGUGCAGGUUUUUCCUUUAUUCCAGUAUAUGCCUUUUAAACCCGGCACCCAAAGAAUUGUUUUACUACAAACAUUUGAACUGAGCAUGCCAAUACUACAAACAUUUGAACUGAGCAUGCCAAUUUCUCUUUCUAGAGUUGAACUUCUGCAAUAUAUAAUUGUCUUCUUUCCCUCUUGUUUUAUACUCACAUGAUGUCCCACUGCACAAAGCCUUUAACAUGUCUAAUGACACAAAAACAAAGCAAGAAUUCAGUUGAUAUGGUUCACUAGAGCCUCGUAAAGCUGUUUGUGUUUUGCUCCACACCAAAACAUACUUACCAUAGCAGACAUAACCACACACAACUACUGUACAUACACAUACACAAAUACAACUACACAUUUCAAAUACACAAGUACAGGACAUCCACACAGAUACUCACCAUGGCCUUGUCUGACCUGUUCCUUCCCCCCGCCCUAGGGGAUAUUGCUGAGGCUCGGGGAGAGAUCCACAGAUGAGGGUUGAAGGUUGGACUGGAGGUCAGAGACUGGUUUCUCUGCUCAGUCAUACUAUGAGAGGGCAGAUCGACCGAUGAGAAGGCAGCAGACCAGCCAGGCAACUUGACUCACUCCCCUCCUCUAAUGUAGUGAACAGGCAGUAGCCCGGCCCAGUGAUGCUCUAACCCUUGCCCUAUCCCCAGCCAUGGAGUCAGCCAUGCCCCAAACCUGCUGAUAGCGCAUGAAUGCGUCAGGAGCUCAGACAAACACACCACCAGCCUCCCUCCAUCCAUCCCUCCCUCUCUCUCCUUCUUUCCCUCCCUUCAUCCCUCCAAACCACCCAUCCAGGGUUAGGCCAGACUAGCAGGGCACGGCACCCUUACCCCAGUCAGUGCCCAGUGGUGCAAAAGGCAAUAUGAUGUGAUCUGUGUAUCCUGAAGAAAGGUAAUGCUCAUCAGCCAACAUCCCUAACAUGCAUGGCCGAAUCUAAUGAUGUCACAGGAAUGAGCUGGUUGUGGUGGUGGUAGUGAUGCAGGAGAGCCUUUAGUGACCUAUGACAAACCCUGGCAGUGGCACGGGGCAUCAAUCAGUGCCAUAGUGAGGCAGCUGCAGGAUUGUUUGGACUAGCGGGAGUGGGGAUACAUGGUGGAUGUAAGCGGUAGCGUUGCGCUGACACUCUGAGGUCUGUCAAAGCUCUGAGUCAGCUCUCUACUGUAGCUCUGCUCUGGCUUUGUCACGAAGGGGGACCCGCGUCAGGACACCAAAAACGAAUUCCCGUGUCAACAACAACUUAUCCCCGUGUCAACAACAACUUAUCCCCGUGUCACCAAUGCCUACAUCAUCACAACUAUACAUCUCUGAUGUGUUACUGAUGCCAAACAGUUAUUAAGUCAGACAGCUCAUUUGAAUAUAUAUCUAAUUCACAGAGAAAGAGUUAAAGAACAGAUAUACAGUACGUACAUGAAUACAUAAAUUAUAUAUUUUUUAAGCUGUGCCUUCAUUACUGUUAUGCAUAUUUCAAGCAAUGUCUUUGGGACUCUUAAUCUGAGCUCAUGUAGCCAGAGUAAUUUGUUGUUGCUAUCACGGCAUUGUUAGUCUGAUGUGUUGUGGCAGGUAUGUUUCUGUAUUUCCUUGGCCCUGGCCGGCUGUAGUGUUCAGUAGUGUAGUGUUCAGUGGAGCAGAGGGCUGCAUGCCGCCUGCUGAAUCUGACCGUAUGCAUGACUACUGCUCUGCUGGCAUCUACUGGUGAUUUUCUGGUAAUCAGCUAGUGAUCCGCCAGCAUUGAAGUGAAAGCACCCUGAUUAGCCUUUUCCCUGUCUCUGUCUCUGUCUGGAGCAGCGUUCUUAUUUCGCCCUGUCUCUUUCCCUUUAUUUCUCACAUGCACAGGCUCUCUCUCUCUCUCUCUCUCUCUCUCUCUCUCUCUCGCUCUCUCUCUCUCUCUCUCGCUCUCUCUGUCUCUCUCUCUAACGCACACAGACACACACACACACACAUUUACUCUCUCCUCUCUCUCCCUUUCUUCUGCCUAUUUAACUGAGGGAGGUAGUGAGAUGUGGGAACCCAUAUUAGAGCUGUCUUGAUUUUGUUUGAUAUUUGAAAUAUGCUCCACUUCGGAAAUAUUACCAUAUUUGUUGUUUUCCGGUUGAGAACAUGGUGCUGCAACAGCAGCAAUAGCAGCAAUGACGUGUGAUAUGAUAGGCCUGCUGCCUGUGUUAGCAGCAUCACUAUCACCCUGAUGAGAAGUGGAGCCUGGCUGCUAAGCCAGAGCCAGGAAAGCAGUAAAAGGUAUUAGGAGGUGCUAGCCAUGUGUGACCAGAGCAUUCCAGCCAGGCAGGAAUGCAGUUAUGCAGGAGAAUGGCUCUCUUCUCCUUCAUCUAGCAGCUAGACUGUGUUCCUCUCCAGUGGUUUUCCACAUCACAGCCCCAGCAGAGGUACAGGCAGCCAUAGGCAAAUACAAUGAAACAAGGCAGGGAGCCAACAUGCCUGUGUGUGCUAACAGACCUGUGUGUGGUUGGCUACUUUCAUCAAGUAGUGCACAGCACAGUAGGUAUGUUAGGCAGUGUGGGGAAAGAGAGGAGACGUGAGAGAUGUGCUGCUGUCCAAAUAGAGCUUAAUGCAAAUAGUGCUGUCUAAACUAUCCAUAAGCAGACUAUUAGGUGGGGUUUAGGGUGUAGAGAUGCGGGUGGGUCACAGGGUUAUAGGGGUGCAGCCUGCAGUAGUGUGGGUGUGGGUGGUGGUGGUCUGUUGGUCUGGACUGGUUGACAUCUCUGUCUCCUCUCUCCCGGCAGUUCAUGGCAUCAAGUGGACUUGCAGCAACGGGAACAGCAGCUCUGGCUUCUCAGUGGAGCAGCUGGUGCAGCAGAUUCUGGACAGCCACCAAACCAAGCCACCUCCCCGGACCCACAACUGCCUCUGCACAGGCACCCUGGGUAAGGGCGAGGGGAUAGAGGUAGAUAGGGGGCAGGGGGCAGGGGGCAGAGAGAAAGGGGAGAUGGUGUAGGUGUAGUCAAAGGACUAGUCCUAGCACUGACUUUGCUGAUAACUACUUGGUUGAGGGAAAAUGUACUUGCUACGAUUUAGAUGUGUUGUUGUCUCACCUAGCUAUCUUAAGAGGAAUGCAUCAAUGUAAGUCGCUCUGGAUAAGAGCAUCUGGUAAAUGACUAAAAUGUAAAACAAUUGGGAGAAGGAGAAGAGGUAGAGGUCAUAUAUUAUGCUCAGAGUGAAUGUGGAAAGUGUCAGGGUCAUGGCUCUCUUGUGUUUUAUUGAUAAAAGUUCAAAUAGUAUCAAAAGUCACACCAAUCAAUCAAACAAUUGCUUCAAUUACAAUUACUUGGAUAAUGAUGUUCUGUUCAGGUGAUUUGUUUAGGUACAAAAGCACAGGCAGUUUUCUUAUUGUUUAUUGUCUGCAUUCUGCUGAGCUGUUGUAACAAGUCGUUCACAACCUUCCAUUAGAUUUAGUUUGUGAAUUACAGUGUCACUAGCAAUGAUCACUGAAAUUGUAAAAAGGUUUUUAAAACAAUUCUAAUAAAUGCAACAGUUGGAGAAUGGAUGAAGAUACUCCAUUAAAAUAGUAAUCCAUCAGAUAUUGACUGAAAUAUAGCACAUAAAAAUGUUAACUGGCACGGACAAAUAAUGAAUGACGUUCAGGGAUUUUGGUGGGAAUUCAGGUAUUCAUUUAUUGUAGAUUUUCAUUUUUUUUCUUAGAAAGCACUCAUUCGGAAAGCAUUCAGACCCCUUGACUUUUUCCACAUUUUGUUAUGUUACAGCCUUAUUCUAAAAUUGAUUAAAUUACAUUUUCCCUCAUCAAUCAGGUUUUUAGCAAUUUUAUUAAAAAUAAAAAACAGAAAUACCUUAUUUACAUAAGUAUUCAGACCCUGUGCUAUGAGACUCAAAAUUGAGCCCAGGUGCAUCCUGUUUACAUUGAUCAUCCUUGAGAUGUUUCUACAACUUGAUUGGAGUCCACCUGUGGUAAAUUGGUCCCAAUAUAUGGUCCUCUGUAGCUCAGCUGGUAGAGCACGGCGCUUGUAACGCUAAGGUAGUGGGUUCGAUCCCCGGGACCACCCAUACACAAAAAUGUAUGCACGCACGACUGUAAGUCGCUUUGGAUAAAAGCGUCUGCUAAAUGGCAUAUUAUUAUAUUAUUUAAAUUAAAUUGAUUUGGAAAGGCACACACCUGUCUAUAUAAGAUCCCACAGUUGACAGUGCAUGUCAUAGCAAAAACCAAGCCAUGAGGUCGAAGGAAUUAUCCAUAGAGCUCCGAGACAGGAUUGUGUCGAGGCACAGAUCUGGGGAAGUGUACCAAAACAUUUCUGCAGCAUUGAAGGUCCCCAAGAACACAGUGGCCUCCAUCAUUCUUAAAUGGAAGAAGUUUGGAACCACCAAGACUCUUCCUAGAGCUGGCCGCCCGGCCAAACUGAGCAAUCGGGGGAGAAGGGUCUUGGUCAUGGAGGUGACCAGGAACACGAUGGUCACUCUGACAGAGCUCCAGAGUUCCUCUAUGGAGAUGGGAGAAACUUUCAGAAGGACAAUCAUCUCUGCAGCACUCCACCAAUCAGGCCUUUAUGGUAGAGUGGCCAGACGGAAGCCACUCCUCAGUAAAAGGCACAUGACAGCCAACUUGGAGUUUGGCAAAAGGCACCUAAAGGACUCUCAGACCAUGAGAAACAAGAUUCUCUGGUCUGAUGAAACCAAGAUUGAACUCUUUGGUCUGAAUGCCAAGCGUCACGUCUGGAGGAAACCUGGCACCAUCCCUACGGUGAAGCAUGGUGGUGACAGCAUCAUGCUGUGGGGAUGUUUUUAAGCGGCAGGGACUGGGAGACUAGUCAGGAUCGAGGCAAAGAUGAACGGAGCAAAGUACAAAAAGAUCCUUGAUGAAAACCUGAUCCAGUGCUCUCAGGAGCUCAGACUGGGGCGAAGGUUCACCUUCCAACAGGACAACGACCCUAAACACACAGCCAAGACAACACAGGGGUGGCUUCGGGACAAGUCUCUGAAUGUCCUUGAGUGGCCCAGCAAGAGCCCGGACUUGAACCUGAUCGAACAUCUCUGGAGAGACCUGAAAAUAGCUGUGCAGCGACGCUCCCCAUCCAACCUGACAGCGCUUGAGAAGAUCUGCAGAGAAGAAUGGGAGAAACUCCCCAAAUACAGGUGUGCCAAGCUUGUAGCGUCAUACCCAAGAAGACUCAAGGCUGUAAUCACUGCCAAAGGUGCUUCAACAAAGUACUGAGUAAAUGGUCUGAAUACUUAUGCAAAGUGCCUUCGGAAAGUAUUCAGACCCCUUGAUUUUUUCCACAUUUUGUUACGUUACAGCCUUAUUCCAAAAUUGAUUAAAUUGUUUUUUUUCCCUCAUCAAUCUACACACAAUACCACAUAAUGACGAAGCAAAAACGUUAGAAUCUUUUGCUGAUUUAUUAAAUGUAAAACUGAAAUAUCACAUUUACAAAUGUAUUCAGACCCUUUACUCAGUACUUUAUUGAAGCACCUUUGGCAGCGAUUACAGCAUCGAAUCUUGGCACGAGACGCUACAAUCUUGGCACACCUGUAUUUGGGUGUUAAACAAAUCAAAAUAUAUUUUAUAUUUGAGAUUCUUCAAAGUAGCCACCCUUUGCCUUGAUGACAGCUUUGCACACUCUUGGCAUUCUCUCAACCAGCUUCACCUGGAAUGCUUUUCCAACAGUCUUGAAGGAGUUCCCACAUGCUGAGCACUUGUUGGCUGCUUUUCCUUCACUCUGCGGUCCCACUCAUCCCAAACCAUCUCAAUUGGGUUGAGGUCAGGUGAUUGUGGAGGCCAGGUCAUCUGAUGCAGCACUCCAUCACUCUCCUUCUUGGUCAAAUAGCCCUUACACAUUCUGGAGGUGUGUUGGGUCAUUGUCCUGUUGAAAAACAAAUGAUAGUCCCACUAAGCGCAAACCAGAUGGGAUGGCGUAUCGCUGCAGAAUGCUGUGGUAGCCAUGCUGGUUAAGUAUGCCUUGAAUUCUAAAUAAAUCCCUGACAGUGUGACCAGCAAAGCACCGCCACACCAUCACACCUCCUGCUCCAUGCAUAAAUGCGGAGAUCAUCCAUUCACAUACUCUGCGUCUCACAAAGACACGGCGGUUGGAACCAAAAAUCUCAAAUUUGGACUCAUCAGACCAAAGGACAGAUUUCCACUAGUCUAAUGUCCAUUGCUCAUGUUUCUUUUUCUUACUGGUGUCCUUUAGUAGUGGUUUGUUUGCAGCAAUUCGACCAUGAAGGCCUGAUUCACGCAGUUUCCUCUGAACAGUUGAUGUUGAGAUGUGUCUGCUACUUGAACUCUAUGAAGCAUUUAUUUGGGCUGCAAUCUGAGGUGCAGUUAACUCUAAUCAACUUAUCCUCUGCAGCAGAGGUAACUCUGGGUCUUCCUUUCAUGUGGCAGCCCUCAUGAGAGCCAGUUUCUUCAUAGCGCUUGAUGGUUUUUGCAACUGCACUUUCAAAGUACUUGACAUUUUCCGGCUUGACUGACCUUCAUGUCUUAAAGUAAUGAUGGACUGUCAUUUCUCUUUGCUUAUUUGAGCUGUUCUUGCCAUAAUAUAGACUUGGUCUUUUACCAAAUAGGGCUAUCUUCUGUAUACCACCCCUACCUUGUCACAACACAACUGAUUGGCUCAAACGCAUUAGGAAGGAAAGAAAUUCCACAAAUUAACUUUUAACAAGGCACACUUGUUAAUGAAAUUCCAGGUGACUAACUUAUGAAGCUGGUUGAGAGAAUGCCAAGUGUGCAAAGCUGUCAUCAAGGCAAAGGAUGGCUACUUUGAAGCAUCUCAAAUAUAAAAUAUAUUUUGAUUUGUUUAACACUUUUUUGGUUACUACAAUAUUCCAUAUGUGUCAUUUCACAGUUUUGAUGUCUUCACUAUUAUUCUACAAUGUAGAAAAUAGUCAAAAUAAAGAAAAACCCUGGAAUGAGUUGGUGUGUUCUAACGUUUGAUUGGUACUGUAUAAGGAAAUCAUUCAAUUUAAAUAAAUAAAUUAGGCCCUAAUCUAUGGAUUUCACAUGACUGGGAAUACAGAUAUGCAUCUGUUGGUCACAGAUACCUUAAGGUAGGGGCAUGGAUCAGAAAACCAGUCAGUAUCUGGUGUGACCACCAUUUGCCUCAUGCAACGUGACACAUCUCCUUUGCAUAGAGUUGAUCAGGCUUUGUUGAUUGUGGCCUGUGGAAUGUUGUCCCAUUCCUCUACAAUGGCUGUGCGAAGUUGCUGGAUAUUGGCAGGAACUGGAAUAUGCUGUUGUACAUGUCGAUCCAGAGCAUCCCAAACAUGCUCAAUGGGUGACAUAUCUGCUGAGUAUGCAGGCCAUGGAAGAACUGGGACAUUUUCAGCAUCCAGGAAUUGUGACAAUGGGCUGUGCAUUAUCAUGCUGAAACACGAGGUGAUGGCGGCGGAUGAAUGUCACGACAAUGGACCUCAGGAUCUCGUCACGGUAUCUCUGUGCAUUCAAAUUGCCAUCGAUAAAAUGCAAUUGUGUUCAUUGUCCGUUGCUUAUACCUGCCCAUACCAUAACCCCACUGUCACCAUGGGGCACUCUGUUCACAACGUUGACAUCAGCAAACCACUCGCCUACACGACGCCAUACACUCUGUCUGCCUGACCAUUUACAUGUUGCGUUUAUAUUUUUGUUCAUUGUAAUUUGUAAAUAUUUCAACUGUAUUAAAUUAUAACUUUUUUAAUUCCACAAAGAAUUCCACAAAUAAAGUUAUCUUUCUUCUAAGUAAGUUUUGAGGCAGUUCAUUAAAUCCCAGACAAAGCUUUAUCAUUCUUAUAGAUUAAACGGAAAGACUAUGUAUUCCAUUGAGCCCAUUUCAGCCAAUACCGGAGUGGUUUGACAGGGGAUUUUUUAAAAUUCUGUGGUCGUAACGUUAACGGGAAAAAACGACAGCACAAGGAGGUGUAUGAAAGAGUCGCAGUAGUAAAAUGAAAGUAAUCAAUACAGUGAGGUUUAAGUGAGAUCCUCAGGUGGGCGGGGCAUGCGCGUUGCUUGUGUCACAGAGAUUCACUGUACUAUUCUACAUUCUUUCUAGAUGACUGAUGACUUCUACUGUAUCUAGAGCUAUCUCUCAGUAACCUCUCUUUUCUCCCUCUAACAGGUGCAGGGAGCAGUGUGCACCACAAGUGCAACAGCGCCAAACACCGCAUCAUCUCCCCCAAGGUGGACCCCCGUGGAGGCUACAGCAGCGGUCACUCUGAGGUCCAGAACAACGAUGUGUCUGAGGGCAAGACCGAGCACAGCAGCCAUGGAGGGGGAGGGAAAAGCUCCGGAGGGGGAGGGGGCAGCGCCAGGGAGAAACGCAAUGGCAAGAUCCCCAAGCCUGUUCUCCUGCACCAGAACAGCACGGAGGUGUCCUCCACCAACCAGGUGGAGGUCCCUGACACCACCCAGAACUCCCCCGUGUCCAUCAGCAGCGGUCUGAACAGCGACCCAGACAUGGCUGACAGUCCCGUGGUGACGGGGAUGGGCCACGUGGCUUCCGUCAUGUCCAGCCUCUCCCAGAGCGUAUUCAUGUCUGAGGUGACCGGGGACCCUGUCUACAGCAUGUCCCCCAAUGGGGGCCCCAACGCCCACCUCAUGGGCCCCGACGCAGCUUCCCAGGGCCUGGUGUUGUCCAGUGUUGUGGCAGACAACCACAAGUUUGCCUUCCCCGGCGGAGGGGCUGGGGAGGGUCCCGGGGGGGCGGGGGGAGCAGAUGGGCUAUCCAUGCUGUCUGCAGCCGGGGUGUCUGAGGAGCUGGUCCUGUCCAGUAGCCUGGAUGCCGGAGGCAUGAAGAUACCUGAGACCACCAUGAACUUUGACCCUGACUGCUUCCUCAACAACCCCAAGCAGGGCCAGACCUACGGGGGCAGCAGGCUGAAGGGGAGCGGCAGCUCCUCGUCUUCCUCCUCUUCCUCCAACGGCACCAACGGCAGCAUGCAGCGCUCUCCCUCCAUGUCAGACUCUGGAUACAGCUUCAACUCUGCUCUGGUGAAGAACAUCAAGACGGAGGACAUGUCCUUUGAGCAGCAGCUGGCCACAGAGCAGGGCUACCAGGUGGGGGCGGUGGUGAGCUGUGGAGGAGGUGUGUCUGGUUCCUCUGGGGCUGGUUCAGCACAGGGCUCCCUCGGCCUGACCCCGGCUGGCUCUCUGCUGCCCUCUGGAGGAGGUCUGAGCCCCAGCACCACCCUGGAACAGAUGGACUUCAGCGCCAUCGAUGCCAAGCAGGAAUACUCAUCCGGGGCUGGGUCAGUGGGCUACGGCCAGGCUAUGAACAGCCCCCACCUCUCCCACCAGAGCCACUCGCCCAGCUUCUUCCUCCAGGACACCCAGCAGCCCGGCCAGGCCCAGCAGGGCAGGUCCUCCAUGGGACAGAAGACUCACCUGAUGGAGCACAACUCCCACGACUCCACAGCCUACAUGGGCCUGCAGGUGGUCAAGACGGACUCCCCUGGCAUCAACGGCCACCUCCACCACCACCACCAGAGCCACCACAGGGCCAACUGCAACGGGGGCUCCCCCACCGAGGGGCCAGGGCAGGGGCCUGGAUCUCUCCAGCUUCUGCAGUACCAGGGGGGCUUCCCUGGGCUGGGGCCAGAACAUGAGGAGGUGGUGGGUCUGGAGCAGCCAGGCAGCGUGGGCUCAGGCCAGGCAGGGGGAACAGAGAACGGAGAGGGUCUACUGAAGCCUGGGGAUCACCUCCAGGCCUGUGGAGGAGGCAACCCAGAGGGAGGAGGGACAGAGCACUACCUGCAGCAGGCCAAUGGGGGAGGAGGUCAGGGAGGCGGAGGAGGAGGGGAAGGAGUGACCAUGCAUAACGGAAAUAGCAUCAACAACGACGGCAGCAACCGCUCACAGCAGCAGCAGCAGCAGCAGUUGCAGCCCCUCCUCCAGGGGGCUGGGAUGGUCCAGGGCCUCUACAACACCGUGGGGCCCCACCAGGGCCUGGGCGGAGCGGCCUCCAACGGGGGAGGGGGAGGGGGAGGCAUGGAGAUCAGCCUGGACCACUUCGACAUCUCCUUUGGAAACCAGUUCUCUGAUCUCAUCAAUGACUUCAUCUCUGUGGACGGUAGUGGAACCAACAUGGCGGCCGGAGGAGCUCUUUACAACCACCAGCUGGUGGCCAACCACGGCUCAGACGGUCAGCCCACGCCUAGCGGAGCUCCCCAGCAGGGCCAGGAGGACGGAGGGGUAGGAGGGGCCCGGGGGGCAGGAUAUAGCCCCUCAGAGCUCUGUCUCCAGCCCUGCUGCAGCCCUCAGUCUCUUGGUGCUGGGGCUGGGGGUGCAGGGACAGAGCCAGGAUCUCUGGCAUACAUGGAUGUGGCGGAGGUAGUGUCUGCAGCCGUGGCCCACGGGGCCCUGGGGAUGUUGCAGGCCACAGGGAGACUUUUCAUGGUCACUGACUACUCCCCCGAGUGGUCCUACCCUGAGGUGAGCCUCCACCAUGCUAUUAGUGCAUGUACUCCUUAUUUCACAAAGCAUUACACUCCAAUGUAGUUACCAAAUGUAGUUACAAAAUAGUUUUGCAGUUAUGAUUGGGUAAACGCAUACAGAGAGGCAAUUUCUCAAGUUUCACUUUGGUCAGACAGAAAAAAUGGCUUUCCUUCAACCAACCGUAACUGCCAAAAUAAAGGAAACUAUUGAGUAAACAAGGGAUAUAAAGUAUAUUGAAAACAGGUGCUUCCACACAGGUUUGGUUCCUGAGCAAUUCCUAAGCAAUUAAUUAACAUCCCAUCAUGCUUAGGGUCAUGUAUAAAAAUGCUGGGCAGGCCCAGUUGCUCAAUAUUUUGGCUACCAUUGCUAUGCCCUCAUAGGAUGACAAUGACCCCAUCCACAGGGCACGAGUGGUCACUGAAAAGUUUGAUCAGCAUGAAAAUGAUGUAAACCAUAUCCCAUGGCCGUCUCAGUCACCAGAUCUCAACCCAAUUGAACACUUAUGGGAGAUUCUGGAGUUGCGCCUGAGACAGCGUUUUCCACCACCAUCAACAAAACACCAAAUAAUGGAAUUUCUUGUGGAAGAAUGGUGCCGCAUCCCUCCACUAGAUUUCCAGAAUCUAUGCCAAGGCGCUUUGAAGCUGAUCUGGCUAGUGGUGACCCAACGCCCUAUUAAGACGCUUCAUGUUGGUGUUUCCUUUAUUCUGGCAGUUACCUGUACAUAUCAACAUAGUUUGAAUGAACUGUAAUAUCACUGUUCAACCACCGGAUGGCAGCUCAAUAAAGUACAAAAAAGAGAGUAAAGGAGUCUGUGUAAUGCCAGUAAUACUGUCCAACCACAGGAUGGCAGCUCUAUAAUGUACACUUCCCUACAUAUAUAUUUGGACAGUGAAGUUAAAACUUUAAAUGUGGCUCUAUACUCCAGCAUUUUGGAUUUGAGAUCAAAUGUUUUAUAUGAGGGGAAAGUACAGAAUGUCAUCUUUUAUUAUACAUAUCUGGUGUACCAUUUAGAAAUGAAUGCACUUUAUGUAUCUAGUCCCCCCAUUUGAAGGUGUCAUAGGUAUUUGGACAAAUUCACUUAUAGUGUAUUACAUUUAGUCCAAAGUUUAGUAUGUGGUCCCAUAUUUAUAGCACGAAAUGACAACAUCAAGCUCAUGACUCUACAAACUUGUUGGAUGCAUUUGCGGUUUGUUUUGGUUGUGUUUCAGGUUAUGUUGUGGGAUAAAUCCAUUUGAAUUCAAUCACUUUUUGACAGCACCCCUUUUGAUUUGAACGAAACCUUUGAUACAUAUUUGCCCAUUGUAGAAGUGCUCAGAAAGGGACUUUUCGGACCUGAGUGACAAAACAUUCAAGAGAUUAAGGUGCUCAAAUUUGACCCAUUUUGCAUACCCCACCAUACCAUGAGACAUCCAUGUCUUCAUCACUGGAAAAUAUAAACGUUUGAGAUUUAUAUAAUUUAAAGCUUACAAACAGGGUUGUCAAACUAUUUAAUAAUUUCUUUAAAAUAUUUUUGUAAAUAAAAAUUGACGUUUUUUAACAUUCAACGUCAAUUAUGUAAUAACGCUUACACUCCAAUUUUGUUCAUAUUCGCACAUGUUGUAACUUAGACCCUAUUUCACAUCAUCUAUCAUGUGUUGUGCCCACCAUCAGUUCAGUCACUACAUGCUCUUGAAAACAAGGUGGGUGUCAUGUUUUGGCUGAUAAAUGUAUUAAAAAGUGGAAUCAAAUUUAAAUUUCAACUUUCAAAUAUUACUACAAAGGUCCACACAUCAGAGAAUGUUGACUUGAAUGGGAAUACCUGUUGUUUUAAAUGAUACUGUCCUCAACAGGAAACAUAUCGAAAUCAUAGAAAUAUAGAUCAUAGAAUAGACAUGACUAUUUAGGUUGACAUUCGACAGUGGGUGGACCGGCGUUAAGUUAAAAUGUCAAUUCAAUUUAAAUGUCAAUGGUGUACCAGCUAAAUUGCAGUGGUCUGAAGGGAUAGGUCCAUUCUAUGAAUGCUAUUUAUAUUAUUGAAAUGACACCCACCCUGUAUUCAAGAGCAUGUUGUGUCUCAACUGAUGGCGGCCACAACACAAACACCUCAGAUUAUGUAAAGUAGUGUCUAAACUACAACAUAUGCAAAUAUGAAUUAUUUUUUAUAAUUGAUGUUAAAGGUUAAAAAAUGUCAUAACAUUUUUUGUAUUAUUAUAAAAUAGUUUGACAAUACUGUUUGCAAGAUUUUAAAUUAUAUCAAACUCAACUGUUUAUCUUUUCCAGUAACGAAGACAUGGAUGUCUCACAGUAUGGUAGGGUAUGCAAAAUGGGUAAACUUUGAGCACCUUUAUCUCCUGAAUGUCUUGGAAUUCAGGUCCAAAAAGUCACUUUCUGACCACUUCUUCCAUGGGCAAACAUGUAUGGAAAGGUUUGUUUAAAUGAAAAGGGAUGCUGUCAAAAAGUGAUAGAAUUCAAAUGGAUUUACCCAUCCACAUGAAUGUAAAAGUGUUCAGAAACAUAUUAUAUUCUUAUUAAUUAUAAAAGUGACUCCAAAAUGACACAAUACAUUAUUUACCAUUAAUCUAUUUUGGGCACAGGGUAAAUCUGUUUGAAUUCAAUCACUUUUUGACAGCAUCCCUUUAGAUUUUUAUUGUGUCAUUUUGGAGUCACUUUUACUGUAAAUAAGAAUAGAAUAUGUUUCUGAACACUUCAACAUUAAUGUGGAUGCUAACAUGAUUACGGAAAAUCAUGAAUUAAUCUUGAAUAAUGAUGAGUGAGAAAGUUACAGAGGCAUAAAUAUCAAAAGUAUUCAUCCCCCUUGGCAUUUUUCCUAUUUUGUUGCAUUACAACCUGUAAUUUAAAUGGAUUUUAUUUGGAUUUCAUGUAAUGGACAUACACAAAAGUCCAAAUUGGUGAAGUGUAAUGAAAACUUGUUUCAACAAAUUCUAAAAAAUAAAUAACGGAAAAGUGGUGCGUGCAUAUGUAUUCACCCCCUUUGCUAUGAAGCCCCUAAAUAAGAUCUGGUGCAACCAAUUACCUUCAGAAGUCACAUAAUUAGUUAAAUAAAGUCCACCUGUGUGCAAUCUAAGUGUCACAUGAUCUGUCACAUGAUCUCAGUAUAUAUACACCUGUUCUGAAAGGCCCCAGAGUCAGCUACACCACUAAGCAAGGGGCACCACCAAGCAAGCGGCACCAUGAAGACCAAGGAGCUCUCCAAACAGGUCAGGGACAAAGAAGUACAGAUCAGAGUUGGGUUAUAAAAAAAUAUCUGACACUUUGAACAUCCCACGGAGCACCAUUCAAUCCAUUAUUAAAAUAUUGAAAGAAUAUGGCACCACAACAAACCUGCCAAGAGUGGGCCGCCCACCAAAACUCACGGACCAGGCAAGGAGGGCAUUAAUCAGAGGCAACAACGAGACCAAAGAUAACCCUGAAGGAGCUGCAAAGCUCCACAGCGGAGAUUGGAGUAUCUGUCCAUAGGACCACUUUAAGCCGUACACUCCACAGAGCUGGGCUUUAUGGAAGAGUGGCCAGAAAAAAGCCAUUGCUUGAAGAAAAAAAUAAGCAAACACAUUUGGUGUUCGCCAAAAGGCAUGUGCGAGACUCCCCAAACAUAUGGAAGAAGGUACUCUAGUCAGAUUAGACUAAAAUUGAGCUUUUUGGCCAUCAAGACAAACCCAACACCUCUCAUCACCCCGAGAACACUAUCCCCACAGUGAAGCAUGGUGGUGGCAGCAUCAUGCUGUGGGGAUGUUUUUCAUCGGCAGGGACUAGGAAACUGGUCAGAAUUGAAGGAAUGAUGGAUGGCGCUACAAUUCUUAAGGGAAACCUGUUUCAGUCUUCCAGAGAUUUGAGACUGGGACGGAGGUUCACCUUCCAGCAGGACAAUGACCCUAAGCAUACUGCUAAAGCAACACUUGAGUGGUUUAAGGGGAAACAUUUAAUAUCUUGGAAUGGCCUAGUCAAAGCCCAGACCUCAAUCCAAUUGAGAAUCUGUGGUAUGACUUAAAGAUUGCUGUACACCAGCGGAACCCAUCCAACUUGAAGGAGCUGGAGCAGUUUUGCCUUGAAGAAUGGGCAAAAAUCCCAGUGGCUAGAUGUGCCAAACUUAUAGAGACAUACCCCAAGAGACUUGCAUCUGUAAUUGCUGCAAAAGGUGGCUCCACAAAGUAUUGACUUUGGGGGGGUGAAUAGUUAUGCAUGCUCAAGUUUUCAGUUUUUUUGUCUUAUUUCUUGUUUGUUUCACAAUAAAAAAUAUUUUGCAUCUUCAAAGUGGUAGGCAUGUUGUGUAAAUCAAAUGAUACAAACCCCCAAAAAUCAAUUUUAAUUCCAGGUUGUAAGGCAAUAAAAUAGGAAAUAUGCCAAGGGGGGUGAAUACUUUCGCAAGCCACUGUAAUCCAAACCACAACCAAAACAAACUGCAAAUGCAUCAAACAAGUUUUCAGAGUCACAAGCUUGAUGUAGUCAUUGUGUGCUAGGAAUAUGGGACCAAAUACUAAACUUUUGACUAAAUUGAAUACACUAAGUGAAUUUGUCCAAAUACUUAUGACACCUUCAAAUGGGGGAGACUAGAUAGUCUAACAUGCUUUCAUUUCUAUAUGGUAAAACAGAUAUAUAUGAAAAUACCCGCAAAUAAAAGGUGACAUUCUAACAUUUGAUUUCAAAUCCAAAAUGCUGGAGUAUAGAGCCAAAUUAAAAGUUUUACCUUCACUGUCCAAAUAAAUACGUAGGGGAGGGGAGUGUACUGUAUGUACAGUCGUGGUCAAAAGUUUUGAGCAUGACACAAGUAUUGGUCUUCACAAAGUUUGCUGCUUCAGUGUUUUUAGAUAUUUUUGUCAGAUGUUACUAUGGUAUAUUGAAGUAUAAUUACAAGCAUUCCAUAAGUGUCAAAGGCUUUUAUUGACAAUUACAUUAAGUUUAUGCAAAGAGUCAAUAUUUGCAGUGUUGACCCUUCUUUUUCAAGACCUCUGCAAUCUGCCCUGGCAUGCUGUCAAUUAACUUCUGGGCCACAUCCUGACUGAUGCCAGCCCAUUCUUGCAUAAUCAAUGCUUGGAAUUUGUCAGAAUUUGUGGGGUUUUGUUUGUCCACCCACCUCUUGAUGAUUCACUACAAGUUCUUAAUGGGAUUAAGGUCUGGGGACUUUCCUGGCCAUGGACCCAAAAUGUCGAUGUUUUGUUCCCCGAGCCACUUAGUUAUCACUUUUGCCUUAUGGCAAGGUGCUCCAUCAUGCUGGAAAAGGCAUUGUUCGUCACCAAACUGUUCUUGGAUGGUUGGGAGAAGUUGCUCUCGGCGGAUGUGUUGGUACCAUUCUUUAUUCAUGGCUGUGUUAUUAGGCAAAAUUGUGAGUGAGCCCACUCCCUUGGCUGAGAAGCAACCCCACACAUGAAUGGUCUCAGGAUGCUUUACUGUUGGCAUGACACAGGACUGAUGGUAGCGCUCACCUUAUCUUCUUCGGACAAGCAUUUUUCCGGAUGCCCCAAACAAUCGGAAAGGGGAUUCAUCAGAGAAAAUGACUUUACCCCAGUCCUCAGCAGUCCAAUCCCUAUACCUUUUGCAGAAUAUCAGUCUGUCCCUGAUGUUUUUCCUGGAGAGAAGUGGCUUCCUCACUGCCCUUCUUGACACCAGGCCAUCCUCCAAAAGUCUUCGCAUCACUGUGCGUGCAGAUGCACUCACACCUGCCUGCUGCCAUUCCUGAGCAAGCUCUGCACUGGUGGUGCCCUGAUCCCGCAGCUGAAUCAACUUUAGGAGACGGUCCUGGCGCUUGCUGGACUUUCUUGGGUGCCCUGAAGCCUUCUUCACAACAAUUGAACCUCUCUCCUUGAAGUUCUUGAUGAUCCGAUAAAUGGUUGAUUUAGGUGCAAUCUUACUAGCAGCAAUAUCCUUGCCUGUGAAGCACUUUUUGUGCAAAGCAAAGAUGACGGCACGUGUUUCCUUGCAGGUAACCAUGGUUAACAGAGGAAGAACAAUGAUUUCAAGCACCAGUCUGUUUUUCUAACUCAAUCAGCAUGACAAAGUGAUCUCCAACCUUGUCCUCGUCAACACUCUCACCUGUGUUAACGAGAGAAUCACUGACAUGAUGUCAGCUGGUCCUUUUGUGGCAGGGCUGAAAUGCAGUGGAAAUGUUUUUUGGGGAUUAAGUUCAUUUUCAUGGCAAAGAGGGACUUUGUAAUUAAUUGCAAUUCAUCUGAUCACUCUUCAUAACAUUUUAUUUUAUUUAUUUUUAUUUCACCUUUAUUUAACCAGGUAAGCCAGUUGAGAACAAGUUCUCAUUUACAACUGCGACCUGGCCAAGAUAAAGCAAAGCAGUGCGAUAAAAACAACAACAACACAGACUUACAUAUGGAAUAAACAAAAACGUACAGUCAAUAACACAAUAGAAAAUAGAACAUCUAUAUACAGUGUGUGCAAAUGUAGUAAGUUAUGGAGGUAAGGCAAUAAAUAGGCCAUAGUGCAAAAUAAUUACAAUUUAGUAUUAACACUGGAGUGAUAGAUGUGCAGAAGAUGAUGUGCAAAUAGAGAUACUGGGGUGCAAAUGAGCAAAAUAACUAACAAUGUAAAUAACAAUAUGGGGAUGAGGUAGUUGGGUGGGCUAAUUACAGAUGGGCUGUGUACAGGUACAGUGAUCGGUAAGCUGCUCUGACAACUGAUGCUUAAAGUUAAUGAGGGAGAUAAGUGUCUCCAGCUUCAGAGAUUUUUGUAGUUCGUUCCAGUCAUUUGCAGCAGAGAACUGGAAAGAAUGGCGGCCAAAGGAGGUGUUGGCUUUGGGGAUGACCAAUGAGAUAUACCUGCUGGAGCGCAUACUACUGGUGGGUGUUGCUAUGGUGACCAAUGAUCUAUGAUAAGGCAGGGAAUUGCCUAGAAGUGAUUUAUAGAUGACCUGGAGCCAGUCGGUUUGGCGACGAAUAUGCAGUGAGGGCCAGCCAACAGGAGCGUACAGGUCACAAUGGUGGGUAGUAUAUGGGGCUUUGGUGACAAAACAGAUGGCACUGUGAUAGACUACAUCCAAUUUGCUGAGUUGAGUGUUGGAAGCUAUUUUGUUAAUGACAUCACCGAAGUCAAGGAUCGGUAGGAUAGUCCGUUUUACGAGGGCAUGUUUAGCAGCAUGAGUGAAGGAGGCUUUGUUUGCGAAACAGGAAGACGAUUCUAGAUUUAACUUUGGAUUGGAGAUGCUUAAUGUGAGUCUGGAAGGAGAGUUUACGGUCUAACCAGACACUUAGGUAUUUGUAGUUGUCCACAUAUUCUAAGUCAGACCCACCGAGAGUAGUGAUUCUAGUCGGGGAGAGUGCAGAACUGGUGGCCGGGGUAGGGGUAGCCAGGUGGAAAGUAUAGCAAAAUGCUAAUUGAAAUUCUCGAUUAUCGUAGAUUUAUCGGUGGUGACAGUGUUUCCUAGCCUCAGUGCAGUGGGUAGCUGGGAGGAGGUGCUUUUAUUCUCCAUGGACUUUACAGUGUCCCAAAACUUUUUGGAGUUAGUGCUACAGGAUGCAAAUUUCUGUUUGAAAAAGCUAGCCUUUGCUUUCCUAACUGAUUGUGUAUAUUGGUUCCUGACCUCCCUGAAAAGUUGCAUAUCGCGGGGGCUGUUCGAUGCUAAUGCAGUACGCCACGGGAUGUUUUUGUGCUGGUCAAGGGCAGUCAAGUCUGGGGUGAACCAGGGGCUAUAUCUGUUCUUAGUUCUGAAUUUUUUGAAUGGGGCAUGCUUAUUUAAGAUGGAGAGGAAAGCACUUUUGAAGAACAUCCAGGCAUCCUCUACUGACGGAAUGAGGUCAAUAUCCAUCCAGGAUACCCGGGCCAGGUCAAUUAGAAAGGCCUGCUCGCUGAAGUGUUUUAGGGAGCGUUUGACAGUGAUGAGGGGUGGUCGUUUGACCAAGGACCCAUUACGGACGCAGGCAAUGAGGCAGUGAUCGCUGAGAUCCUUGUUGAAGACAGCAGAGGUGUAUUUAGAGGGUAAAUUAGUCAGGAUGAUAUCUAUGAGGGUGCCCAUGUUUACGGAUUUAGGGUUGUACCUGGUAGGUUCCUUGAUAAUAUGUGUGAGAUUGAGGGCAUCUAGUUUAGAUUGUAGGACGGCCGGGGUGUUAAGCAUAUCCCAGUUUAGGUCACCAAGCAGUACGAACUCUGAGGAUAGAUGGGGGGCAAGCAAUUCACAUAUGGUGUCCAGGGCACAACUGGGGGCUGAGGGGGGUCUGUAGCAAGCGGCAACAGUGAGAGACUUCUUUCUGGAAAGGUGGAUUUUUAGAAGUAGAAGCUCAAACUGUUUGGGCACAGACCUGGAUAGUAUGAUAGAGCUCUGCAGGCUAUCUCUACAGUAUAUUGCAACUCCGCCCCCUUUGGCAGUUCUAUCUAGAUGGAAAAUGUUGUAGUUCGGGAUGGACAUUUCUGAAUUUUUGGUGGCCUUCCUAAGCCAGGAUUCAGACACUGCUAGAACAUCAGGGUUGGCAGAGUGUGCUAACGCAGUGAAUAACUCAAACUUGGGGAGGAGGCUUCUGAUGUUAACAUGCAAGAAACCAAGGCUUUUACGGUUACAGAAGUCAACAAAUGAUAGCGCCUGGGGGGUAGGAGUGAUACUGGGGGCUACAGGGCCUGGGUUAACCCCUACAUCACCAGAGGAUAUGGCUAAAGGCUUUAAGAACUGGUCUUCUAGUGCGUUGGGUACAGAAAAUAAACAGGGCAUAUUUCCGGGCAUUGUAGAAUAGAUUCAGGGCAUUAUGUUCAGACAAGGAUAUGGAAGGAUAUGAGUACAGUGGAGGUACACCUAAGCAUUGGGUAACGAUGAAAGAGAUAGCAUCACUGGAGGUACCGAUUGAGCCGGUCUCCGCAUGUAUGGGGGUGGGACAAAGAAGCUAUCUGAGACAGGUUGAGCGGGACUGGGGGCUUUACAGUGAAAUAGUACAAUAACAACUAACCCAAACAGCAAUAGGCUAGGCAUAUUGACAUGGGAGAGAGGCAUAACGCAAUCACAGGUGUUAUUCGAGAGGGCUGAGACAACAACUGGUAAUGGCGACGAAAGUUUGGGCUGAGGCUAAACAGAUCAACAGGAUGGAGUACCGUGUAAAGGAACAGUCCAGCGGGCAUCAGAUGUGUAGCUGAGUGAUCAUAAGGUCCAGUGAACAGCAAUAGGUAAGUCCGGGAGCAGUUCGUAGGCUGCUACAGCACAGGUGAGCAGGAGGCACGGCUGUUGAUUGCGCGUGCUAGCGGGCCAGUGCUAGCAGAUGGAUCUUCGUGGUCGUCGCAACGGGAAGCCUGUUGAAACCACAUCAGACGAUUACGUCGGCAGACCAGUCGAGAUGGAUCGGUGGGGCUCAUUCUGGAGUAUAUGCAAAUUGCCAUUAUAAAAACUGAGGCAGCAGACUUUGUGAAAAUUAAUAUUUGUGUCAUUCUCAAAACUUAUGACCACGAGAACGUCGGUUUAAUGCCAAUGACACUGUUCAACCACAAGAUGGCAACCACUUUAGUAAGACAGAAAAAUGGCUGUAAUAUCACUGUCCAACCACAGGAUGGCAGCGCAGUAAAUAUAGCACAGAGACAAUAAACGGUUGUGUAAUGUCAAUGACACUCUUCAACCGCUAGAUGGCAGCCCUUGCACUAGAUUUUAGCCAGUUUGAGCAUGUCACUGUGUUCAUGUUAUUCCUACUAUUCUCCAUAAGAUGGCAGCAUGACAUUAAAUAAUGGCCAAAUUCACACUUGCUCCCUAAUACCCAGUACAGAUCCAGAUUAUCCGUUUCCCGCGCUGUGAGUCUGUGUUUAUCUGUUUCAGGGAGGAGUGAAGGUGCUCAUCACUGGUCCAUGGCAGGAGGCCAGCUCUAACUACAGCUGCCUGUUUGACCAGAUAUCUGUCCCCGCCUCUCUCAUCCAGCCGGGUGUGCUGCGCUGCUACUGCCCAGGUAAGACUGGCCUCAGUGGCCUGGCCUUGACACACCCUCUGGAUCCUUCCACCAGGGUUGACUCAAAACACAGUGUACUGUAUCUAUCAGGGAUAUCAGUAGUUUUAUUUUAGACUUAGAUCAGCAUACAAUACAUGAAGGUCUUUACUCCUGUCUCUGUUCCUCAGUUGAGAUUUUGUCUCACUUGUCUCCCGAGCCACUGAGAAGUUUUAAGAAGAAGAGUAUAAUGUUCCUAGGAGUUCUACAGGUGGUUAGGGUCAGGAGUGUUAGAGUUGUAGCAGUUAUCAGUGAAGCGUCUGACUCUGACUCUCUCUGUCUGUCUCUCUCCACAGCUCAUGACACUGGGCUGGUGACACUGCAGGUGGCUGCCAGUAACCAGAUCAUCUCUAACUCAGUGGUGUUUGAGUACAAGGCCCGCGCCCUGCCCUCACUUCCCUCCUCACAACACGACUGGCUCUCACUGGAUGGUGAGAUAUCUCGAUCUAUCUGCCUCUCUUUUUGCCUCACUAUGUCUUUCUGUGUCUCGUUCUCUCCCUCUCUGCUUCCUCCUCUCUCUUUCUCUCCCUCUCUUUCUCUCACUCUCUGCUUCCCCCUCUCUCUUUCUCUCCCUCUCUGCUUCCCCCUCUCUCUUUCUCUCCCUCUCUGCUUCCCCCUCUCUCUUUCUCUCCCUCUGCUUCCUCCUCUCUCUUUCUCUCACUCUCUGCUUUCCCCUCUCUCUUGCUCUCCCUCUCCCUGUCCUUCUGCCCUGGGCACCAGUGAAGUGCUAUCUGCUGGCUCAUCCUAAAUGACUCUCUGCUGUGCUGUUGUGUUGCUGCUCUGUGUGUCACAAAUCAUGACUACCUGUCCAUUUAUAUUAGAGUCUGUUCUAGAGGCAUGUGGCUGUGUGGUGGCUGGUCCAUGGUCUGUGAUGGACAGUAAUCACUUGAAGAUUGAGUUGUUUCAGUACAUUGGAGAGCACUAGUCCUUGUCCUGUUGUCAUGUGUCUGUGAGAGGAUACUGUAGUGUUAAUAAUGUGGUCUGAUAGACAUUAUAGAAUCAAUAUCUGUAGUGAAUCAACUUCAUUAUGGGCUUUCAGGACCGUGGAGAACACUAGUCGUUAGUCAUUCUCCUGUGUCUGAAUGUCUUAUAGACCCAUCAGGUGUGAUAGCAGCAGUGAGUCAACUCCAUUAGGAUCUUGGGUUCCGGUUGUAUUUCAGGACCCUGGAGAGUACUAGUCUUGUCCUGUGUCUUUAAUGUUUUCUGAUGUCAGGAAAUGUCAGGAUCAAUAGUUGGGUCUUUCCACCAAAUGAGAACCUUUUGGGUAGUGUAAACAUUUUAUUUCACCUAAUUUUAACAUUCUGUCAUACAGAGCACAUGUUCAACUUAAUAAAAAAUGGAUUUUCCCAUCUCAAGAGUUUAAAUACAAAAAUGACUACACUAAGAGCCUAUUAAGUGCCACAUAAAGUAACAGGGUUUACCGUAACAGGGUUGAUGAUUUAAUCAGCCAUAAAUCCCGAUAUGUCAGGGGAAAUGGAAGCUUGUUGUGUGCAACAGGGAGGGGCAAUUGAAUGCAAGCCUCAUUACAAUUACAAAUGAAUUGUAAUUGUUAAAACAAUUCUAACCUGUCUAUCUAUAGGGAACAGGGUUGACGUGUUAUGCUUGACCCCCCUCAGUUUUCCACCACAAAACACCUGAAAAUAGCCAAAAAGAAUAGAACCAGUUUAGGAUUAGCCUUUUAGAUGUUCAAUGUUUAUUUUGAACAUUUAAAAAAAAUAUAUAUAUAUAUGUAUAGUUACACCAUAUUAAAGCGAGAAUUCAGUUCAUGUGACAGGGUUGACCUUAAAAUGAGGGACAGACCUUUCAUGUAAUUAGAUGAAUCACUAAUCACAUGAAAUAAAUAACAGUCUUCAGAAAUGGCUUUGUCAAAGCAACAAUAACUAGGGCUUUACAAUAAUGAUCAAACUUAGAUACAUUAUGGGGUCAAGUGGGUUAAAAUGUUCCUAGAAGUCACAGAGGGACAUGUCAAAAUGCUGUAAUAUAACAGGCUUUGAAACUUCAAUAUUGGUGCACAAUUUCUACCUAAAAUAUCAAAGUGAAAAGGCACUCUUUUCGUGGAACAACCCAGUUGCAGUGAAUCAACUAUAGUAGAAACUCAGUUCAUCUUGGGUUUGAUUUGGACUGUGGCCCAGAACCAUGAAGAGCACCAGUCCUUGUCCUGUGUCUUUCAGAGGAUGCCAUUGUGUUCUGAUAGACAUGUCAGGAUCAAUAUCUAAUAGCUGCAGUGAAUUGACUUAGUUGAACAUGGAUUUUAGAGUCUUGGCAUUACUGCAAAUAGAGCUCCUAGAACCACUAUGACAUACAUGAGUGUAUGUUGCUUGGCACACAUGGAAAUUGUGAUUGGCAGCACAAUGAAGAUUAGGACUCAAGGGCUUUGCAACAGGAAGUCUUGUGAAUUAGUAUAUGUAGACUGCAAUGGAGUAAGGCAAUGCAGGGAUGCUUAUCUCUGUAUGUAUGUAUGUGUGUGUGUGUGUGUGUGUGGAGCCGAGCUGGGAGAGAGUGUUGCUACUGCAGUGUGUGUGACUGUGCGUUGACAGGAUAAAGUAGGGCAUGGUGAAGAGAGGGGAGGAGAGGACUGGAACAGGCUGACGGGACAGCUGCAUUGCAGACGCCCCUUGAGGGAGUGGGAUUGAAUAAUCAAGAACCACCGGCUCCCAGGCAGGAGUAGUGCGGUGCGGCGGAACCAGUGUAUCCCUCCACCAUUCAUUCAUACAGUACACUCAUACUACUCUCUGCCUCACUAGUCCAUUCACAGAACCAGUUUAGGAGAGACUGUCUCACUACUCUACACUCCAAACUAAGCUAAGGAACUGAGGGAAAACAGAGUCUGAUCUAUUACAUUACUACUUCUAUUAACCCAUUCCCCUCUCCCGCUCUCUGCCUUGAUAUUGUAUUGGAUUUUGGCGGUUAUUUUGGACCCUCUCAUUUGCCAUGAAUGUUAAUAAUUUACAUGAUGUAUUUUUCCACUCUGUUCAUGUCCAAAUAAUUAAUGCUGGCUUUUCAGAUGUAUGCCUCUGUUGCCUAAUACCUGUCCUGAUGUUACUCAUAAAUACUACAUGGUGUUUGUUAAGUUCAUCCUGCUAGAAUGGACAGUGCCCUGAAGCAGCUGAUAUAGGCUGUCCCCCAAAUAGUACCCUAUUCCAUAUAUAGUGCACUACUUUUGACCAGAGCCCUAUAUGUGGAAUAGGGUGGCAUUUGGGACGCAACCUAAGCCUGGGUGGUAGAACAGGCCAUCCCUUGGUCACUUGUCUCAGGUGAAUUUAUUCAGAUUGGAUCCAGAUGAUUGAUGAGAUAAACUGAGAUAAACUGAUUCAUACUGGUGUCAGUUGAUCCAUCCAUGUUUAAAAAUUCAACAUAGCAAUUGUUUGUGUGCUGGAGAUUUCCUUUCUAUUCAGUAUAGCGUUUUUUCCAUGCACCUGGCAGGACUGAAGGUAUGCGAGUUCACCUUUUUCUUUACAUACAACAUUGUUCCAAUGCUCUAUUUAAGAAACCUCAGUGAGAUUUAAGAAACCCCCCCCCGGCCACCCUUUGCUCUCAGAACAACCUCAAUUCGUCGGGGCAUGGACUCUACAAGGUGUCGAAAGCAUUUCACAGGGAUGCUGGCCCAUGUUGACUCCAAUGCUUCCUACAGUUGUGUCAAGUUGGCUGGGUGGUGGACCAUUCUUGAUACACACGGGAAACUGUUGAGCGUGAAAAACCCAGUAGCGUUGCAGUUCUUGACACAAACUGGUGCGCCUGGCACCUACUACCAUACCCCGUUUAAAGGCACUUAAAUAUUUUUGUCUUACCCAUUCACACUCUGAAUGGCACAUAUACACAAUCCAUGUCUCAAUUGUCUCAAGGCUUAAAAAUCCUUAUUUAACCUGUCUCCUCCCCUUCAACUACACUAAUUGAAGUGGAUUUAACAAGUGACAUCAAUAAGGGAUUAUAGCUUUCACCUGGUCGGUCUAUGUCAUGGAAAGAGCUGGUGUUCAUAAUGUUUUGUUCACUCAGUGAAUAUCUAGCUAUCUUACAGCAGCACAAUUUAUUAUAUUAAAAUAAAGAAUAUAGUAAGACAUAGGCUAGGCCUACUAAGAUUUUCAUAUUUCCACCUAAUGCAUUGUAUAACGCUGCCUUUACACGCUUCAUGAAUGAAAUUUUACACGUGCUACACCACAGAUAAAUGUAACCUAGAAAAGACACCAUUCCAGAACUACUAUAUAUGUAAUGCGACACUUAACCAUGUGUGUGCCUGUAUUGAUCCAUAAUUAUAUCACUCAAUAACCUAAAUCAUAUAAUUCCCGUUCUUUAAUAAUAAUAAUACGAGUUUAAAUUUGCAGUAGGGUAUAAGCUAAAGCUAUUGGGCUCUCUUUCCCGUUCAUUCUAAAACGGUGCUAUGAUGUGCUAAUGGUAUGUACAGCUGCCUGUCUGCCUUGAUUUGUCAUAAUGCAGAAUGGGGGAUGGGGCGCUUUUCCUUUCCUCUGCAGCACUGCAGGUACGGAGCCAUGGGCAGGACAGAAAACACUGAGGUAUGGGAGCUGCAGAACAGGCUUUUACCCACUAAUCAUUCUCUGUCCAUGGUCCAGGACGGUCCCGGUGGCACUCGCUAA